UCUCAUUGGGUUUAAAGGCGGUGACACAUCACCGCCGCCACGUGUCGUCACCAUAGACCGCCACUAACCUUCCAAAAAUAUAAAUAAAAGCGCCACGCACCACCUUAUCAGAUAACCUCUCUUUCAUUCUUACAAACCUUCCAAAAAAAUUGGGGCAAAACCAAACCACCGGCAGCAAUACCAUCUCUGAUUCUGUAGUACAAUUUUUUAUUUUUUUUUUACGAAAUUAAAGAAAAAUGGUAUCGACUUCUGGUGCAACCGACCGUAAAGGAAGCACCGAGAUUCCGAUCCGGAGGCUUCUCGGGUUCGGAUUCUGGGUUCAGGGGUUCAGGUGCUUUCCAUGGAUGGCUGUUAACUUUUUCUUGAAGGAUGGUCUCAAUGUGGACCCCUCGACUCUGCAGAUCCUCCAGAACUCCGCAAAUCUCCCCAUGGUCGGCAAGCCCCUAUACGGCGUCGUCUCUGAUGCCGUCUACAUCUCAGGCCAGCACCGGGUUCCUUAUAUCGCAAUUGGAGCUUUGUUACAAGCAGUGUCAUGGCUCGCUAUAGCAGUCCUUCCAACCUCAGGCAUUUCCAUCUCCACCAUGAGCUUGUAUCUCCUCCUUAGUAACCUGGGUGCUUCAAUAGCGGAGGUUGCAAAUGAUGCAAUUGUUGCUGAGAUGGGAAAAGAAGGUGGUGCAUCAUCUGGAAAGUCUCAGUCAUCUUCUUCAGGUGAGCUUCAGUCAUUUGUUUGGAUGGCAUCCUCUAUUGGUGGAGUUAUUGGAAACCUAGUAGUUGGUGUUGCCAUUUCGAGAUUCUCUCCUCGUUCAAUGUUCCUCUUUUUUGGUCUUCUUGUUGCAAUCCAAUUUUUCAUAACAAUCACUGUUAGUGAAAGCUCCCUUGGCCUCCCAAAAAGUUCAUCUAAGGUUGGGAUUAGAAAACAACUUUCAGAGCUGUCAGUUGUGCUAAGAAAACCUGAGAUUGCAUACGCAAUAGGAUGGUUUGCUGCAUCUUUUGCAAUAAUUCCAGUACUGACGGGCACAAUGUUUUUUUACCAAACGCAACACUUAAAGAUUGAUUCCACAAUACUGGGGAUUUCCAAGGUGUUUGGCCAGGCAGCAAUGCUUCUGUGGAGCAUCAUUUAUAAUGGUCGCUUAAAAUCAGUCCCACAACGGAAACUAAUUGCAGCUAUCCAGGUACUGAUGGCAGUAUUCAUGGUUUCAGAUGUGUUGUUUGUGAGGGGAAUUUAUCGGGAGAUGGGGGUGCCAGACUCAUUCUACGUUGUCAUUUUUUCAAGCCUUUUAGAGGUUCUGUUCUUCUUCAAGAUCCUUCCAUUUAGUGUUUUGAUGGCACAGCUCUGCCCACCAGGUUGUGAGGGAUCCCUCAUGGCAUUUGUAAUGUCUGCGAUAGCCCUGGCGUUUAUAGUAAGCGGAUACCUUGGUGUUGCACUUGCAUCUUAUCUUGGGAUCACGGAGAAUGAUUUUUCUGGCUUUCCGCUUGCCCUUCUGAUACAGGCAGCAUGCACCCUUGUGCCACUUUAUUGGUCAUCUUGUAUUCCGGACGAUAAAAAGCCCAAAACAAGGAAGGAGUAGUAGCAGCAGCAGUUUGGGAGCAGAAGAACUGGGAUUUGGACUUGUUUCAACAUUCUUUUAGAUUCUACAUAUAUAUAUUACAUAUAAUUUAGAAAAAGGGUUUUGAAAUGUUAUCUAUGGUGCUGAAGAGUAGAGGAACAAAUAAAUCAGUGGUCAGUUUGUAGGAAUUGUUACGUAAGAUUCAAUUCUUGAAAAUAGUCUUGCAGUAUUAUCGGAGCCUUUUAUUAAUAUAUGUUUUAAGAAAAAGAAAUAAUUGAAUUUUGAAAUUUGUUCAUUGGGUCC